AUGAGAGGAGUUCAUAACAGGAAAAAUGAAAAUAGGGACAGAAGUAGAAAGAACACAUAUGAUAAGGGUGGGGGACAAAAACACAGUAAAAAUGGCGACAAUGAAAUCAAUAGAGGAAAGAUCAGGGCAAUGACGGAGAAAAGCAAAUUGGAAAAGGGGAUAUACAUAGAUGACGACCUGACAAGAAAAGGAAGGGAGGUACAGCAACAAAUAAGAAGAAUAGCCAGAAACAAAGAGGUGUGGGAAUAUCUGAAGACAUUCGACGUGAUCGGACUCACGGAAACUUUGGUAGAGAAAGACAAUUGGGAAAAACUAAAAUAUAGACUACCCAAAAAAUUCGACUGGAAAUGCAGGGCAGCAAUGAGAGUAAGGAAAAAAGGAAGAGCAAAAAGGGAAAUAAUAACGGGUAUAAAUAAGGAACUGAGAGAAAUAGAAUACAAAGAAAUAAGUGAUAAUAUAGUGGAAAGAAAAAUAGUAUACAAUGAUAAGACGUAUAGGGUAAUGGUAGUUUAUAAUCAAGACACAAAAGGGACAUGGAAAGAAAUAGAGGAAAGAGUAGACGGAAGAGAAGAAGAAGUGAUGAUCAUCGGCGGAGACUGGAAUGCAAGAACAGGAGAAGAGGGAGGGCUGAUAAACGAGGAUCUAGGGAAAGAAAAAAACAGGCGAUCAAAGGACAAAACAAUAAACAUGGAAGGAGGAACUCUACUAAAGUACCUGGAUGAGAGAGGCUGGAUGAUAGUAAAUCAAAGAGAUAAAGAAGGGAAGGAGUGGACAUAUAUUGGGGAGAGAGGAAACUCAGUGAUACAUUUUGUGAUUGGCAACCAGGAAGCGACAGGAGAGAUAAUUAGCAUGAAAGUAGGAAAAAGAACAGU